AUGCAAUCUCAAAACCCAUUGCAACCUACGCGGCCCAAAAAUCACCCACACAGACCUCAUCGACGCUCUCGCAUUCCACUAUCCUGUGACCCCUGUCGCGCUCGAAAGUAUGCUUCUUGCAAGUACCGAGGGCCCAAGGAUGGUGCAACCUCUGUCAGCUCUGCCGCCCAACGCGGUAGCACAAACGGGGAGGCAAUGCAUCAACGGAUCGACCAUCUGGAACAUCUGGUCAAGAAAUUGAUCGCAGAGCGCCCGUCACCCUCUCAUGACCGGGUUGUGACCCCUGAGAGCCCAAACUUUGAGCCAGGUCCGUCUGCCGAUGGUUCGCAUGGAAAGGACAUGAAAGGACCUGGGAAGACAGUAAUGGAUGGUCUUCACUCUGUAUAUAUUGGUGGAGGUGACUGGCAUGCCGUGCUUCAUGAGAUCAACGAGCUCAAAAGCACAUGGAAUCAAGCACAGUACGACCACGGCAACUUCCGUUCUACACCCUCACUCGCUGUAGAUGGAUCAGGCCUACUUUUCAGUGAGGCGAGGCCACUCGACCGGAUGGAAAUCUUAUCUUCUUUACCAUCGAAGCCCCAAAUGGAUGGAUUGAUGGCUCGGGUUUUUGAUCGCAAGACCUUUCCUAUCGCUGUUCCUUGUAUUCUCCAUAUGGCAACAUUUAUGCGCGAGUACGAAGCGCACUGGCGAGAUCCUUCCCGGGCCAAUUUCAUAUGGCUGGGCCUUCUGUUCUCUAUUCUCAGCAUCUCAAUGCUCGCCUUUCACCAGCACGGGGAGCCGCCUGAGUAUGAAGGCAUCUCUGAAUCUCUUUUUCAGCUCUACCGAAUCCGCACUGCACAGUGUCUACUGAGUGGUGACAUAGCCAAAUGUUUGCCCUACACAGUGGAGGCCUUGCGAUUCAACGCUACUGCUGAGCUGAACAGAAGGGACGAUAAUCAACGGGGGCUUUGGCUUAUGUCAGGCGUUGUUGUCCGUACUGCUGUCAAUAUGGGCUAUCACCGCGACCCCGGGCAUAUGCAAGGCAUCUCGGCGGUUCAGAUGGAGUAUCGGCGACGCGUUUGGCUGUCUGUGAUUGGUAUGGACUCCAUAGCCUCGUUUCUUGGAGGCUUGCCACGCACAUUGUCGGAUACGUACUCGGAUACAAUGGAGCCCCGGAAUUUACACGACUGGGAGUUAUCCGAGGAUAUUGCGGUCCUACCUCCGUCGAGACCCUUGACUGAGGCCACCCCAGUUACAUAUAUGAUUGUCAAGGGGCGAUUAUUCCGUGCACUAGGACGUGUGGCCGAUUUCAACAGUCUGCCCAGCCCAGGAUCUUACGAAACGGUGCUCGACAUCGAUCGCACCGUGCAAGAGGCAUACCACAGUGUUCCCCCGUUUAUGCGAUUCCCACCCGCCGCCGAUGGCAAUGGUGGUCUAAGUUUGAGCUUGGCUGGUAUCACCAAUGUCAGCCUACUGGCUCUGUAUCACAAGGGCAUGUGCAGUCUGCAUCGCACAUUCCUGGCCAAAGGGAGGACGGAAGGUCUCUACAGCUUUUCUCGACAAAGGUGCACCUCCUCUGCGUUGGCGCUGCUGGCCAUCCAAGAGGACAUGCAGCCGUCCUUCUACAAACUUUCGCAAACUCGGCAAAUGCUCACUCUAGCUGCGAUGAUUCUGCUCUUGGAGCUAGAGCUAAGAAGGAAGGCUCCAGGUGCCGAAGAAUCUCCGGACAGCGAUCUGCUAUUGAAAGCUUUGAACAGCUCGUCUACUCGCUGGGCAGAAGCGGCGGGUGUCUGUGAAGAGGCAGAGAAAGCCCAUCAGUCACUUGCUGGCAUGCUCUCAGCCUUCAGUCAGACUGCCAACGAAACUGGAUCUUCCCAAACAGUAUCGCCGGGAACACCAUUUGGCUUGUUGGGAUUGACUCCGGACUCCUUGGACGGAUCGAAUGCGGGAAUCUCAUUUGACGAAGGUUCUCAGAACUUGGGUUUUGAUUGGGUAUGUAGAUGUGAGCGGGAAUCAUAG